CGCACAACCGUGAAGGGUCACCUCUCCAUCAACGACUAUUGUCGUCUCCUCAAGAAUCUCUCUGAAUACCUCGAUGAUGUGGAUGCACCGGUCACCGAACAUGCACUCGUACUCCAAGUUCUUCAAGGUCUCCCCCACGACAUCCGGAGUCAAGUGCAAUUUUUGCAAUAUCAAAACCCGCUCCCCACAUUCUUGGAAGUUCCGUCGGCGUUGCUUCUUGGUGAACAGCAGCAAAACGACUCUCUUUAUGGUUCCGGCACGCCACCCACAGCCCUUCUCAGCACUGGAGGUCACGGCGGCCUUGGAGGGAGCGCAUAUCGCCAAGAUCGGGGCAGCGGCUAUGGCGGAUCUGGGAGCCGCAGCAGCGGCAGUUUUGGCGGCGGACCUGGCGGAGGCUAUGGCGGACGCGGCAGGUCCUCAGGCGGCGGCAACCGCGACAGGGGCUGCGGUCGAGGUUGUGGCAGCGGUGGACAUUUGCGGCAACCCUCAGGCUUCAAUUCCUGGAUAUUCCCGUCUCCCUCCCCUGGUGUCCUUGGGCCUCAGCCCAACCCGCCUAAUCCACUAGCCCAAGCCCACAUCCACAACUCUCCUUAUUAUUCCACUCCCCCUACCCAAACAACCCAGCCCACGGCCCAUAAUCACCAAACCCAAAUCCCACUCCAUAGCCCAACCAAUUUCCCCUCUACCCAGCCCAAGUCUCCCCCUACCCGUACCUCACCCCCCAGCCCCCACUCGUACCCACCCGCCCCACUCCCCUACCCCACCUAGCCCCACAUCCCUAGCCCACACCCUUGAGAGCCUAAUCCUCAACCCCAGCUACCCCAAUUGG